AUGGGAGCAUCCUAUUCAAAGAGACAAAGGGCAGCUCCCUCAAAAGAACGGUCGUACAGCACACCGACCACCACUUCUUUUUCGAUAACCAACAAGUUUCAAAUUAAACGCACAGGAAGGGAUGAAAACAAGUAUCGAGUAAAGGAUGAAGAUGUCGGAACCGAACCGUUAUCAUCACUAAGGGAAAAGCAAGGAAUCAUUUUUAACGGGCACCAAACGGAAACGGUUCAAAUCAUUUCUACAAAUCAGCAACAGCACGGCCUGAGCCAACGAGAAAACUCACUCUCUAGUAUGAGCACAACGAACACAUCUACUUCCACCUUAUCCUCUGAUGACGCCACAGUCCAUAACAACAACAACGGUAUUGUAACCCUUAAAAUUAAGGAUACUGCUUUGUAUAUGAAAUACUCGAAUAUUGCAGACAAACGAACACGACCUUCCAAAAGCAAACCGAGUUCAAAGAAAGAGUCCAACAACAUCGAGGUUAGGUGUCCUCCUAAUUUGUUGUCUGUUCGAAGAGCUUCAAUACCAGUACCGAAGGGAGAAAUGGGCACAAUAGACCUUAUACCAAUUUCCGUUCAAAAAAACAGAGAUGAAGACAUACAACCAGCUUCAAAACAAAGCAGGUCUUUGUCUCCGUUGAAAACAAGUAGGACAUGUCUAGCAUCUGUAAAUAAUGAACCGGUGGUUAUUUGUGUAAUUCCUCCCCCUGAGCCAGCUCAAGAUGUUUAUCACAAUCCAAGCCAUGAAAAGAAAAGAAUAACCUUGAGAGAAGAGAAACACAGGAAACUGCAGCAAAUCAAGGAAAAUCCACUCAAAACCUGGACUCACGACGAUCUGAGGAAACUGUCAACCAAGAAGAGGAAAAUUAAGAACCCUUUUGCAGAUGAAGAAUUGCUUGAAUUGUAUUGCAAGUAG